AGUGUGAGUCAGUACGUUACGUACAGCGGUCUCAAUGUUAGGAAUGCUAGGAAUGUUAUCACGUGACAUGUAGUAACGACAAGCCGUAGACGCUUUCUUUAUCCAUACAGUAAAACUUCACCAAUAUUCCUCCACGAAAACUCACUUUUUAUCUCAUUUUAUUACCUCUACGUGGAAUGCAAAGCUAUUAACAUGCAUGCAGAUAACGGAGUUUCGAUUCGGGCUGCUUUUAACGGUGAUAUAAUGUGCCUAAGCAUGGACCCUCACAUAAAGAUGUUAGACUUCGUUGACGAGAUGAGGGAUAUAUUUAAGUUUGGCGAAGAACAAAACUUCACGAUGAAGUGGUUAGACGAAGAAGGUGAUCCUUGUACCAUCUCAUGCCAAGAUGAGCUAGAUGAGGCCAUAAGACUCUAUGAAAUCAACAGAGACUCAGAGUUGGUCAUCCACUUGUUUCUAGGAGAGCCAAAGAAUCCUGGUGAACAGUGCGAAGGAGAAACAAGAAAUAUCUAUCGACGAGGAGCAAAACGAUGGAGAAAAAUUCACAUAGUUAAUGGACAUUCUUUUGUAGCAAAGAGAUUCAGUCGGUUGGCAGCAUGUGCUUUCUGCUCAGAUAGAAUAUGGGGUCUUGGUCGAUCGGGUUAUAAAUGUGUGGAAUGCAAGUUAGUUGUACAUAAAAAAUGUCACAAGCUCAUCAAAAUCCAGUGUGGUCAGCAACAGAUGCAGUCAUCUCAAGCAAUUCAUUCAUCUUUGCCUCCCAUUGGUGCAAUCGGUACGAAAAUUCCUGCCACAGACGACGCCGGUCCCAAAAGAAGAUAUUGAUUGGGUCCAAACAGAAAAGCACGUGUUCGAGCAGGCAACAAAUCACCCGUUUCUCGUAGGAUUACAUUCAUGUUUCCAGACAGCUAGUAGAUUGUUCUUUGUGAUCGAGUAUGUAAGCGGUGGUGAUCUAAUGUAUCAUAUGCAACGACAAAGAAGACUUCCCGAAGAUCACGCCAGGUUUUAUGCCGCAGAGAUAUGCUGCGCUUUGAAUUUUCUGCAUGAAAAAGGUAUCAUAUAUCGAGACUUGAAGCUAGAUAACGUUCUACUAGACAGUGAUGGACACAUCAAGAUUACAGACUAUGGAAUGUGCAAGGAGGGUCUUCGACCAGGAGAUUCAACAAGUACAUUCUGUGGUACACCAAACUACAUCGCACCAGAAAUACUCAGAGGAGAAGACUAUGGUUUCAGCGUAGACUGGUGGGCGCUGGGUGUUUUAUUGUAUGAAAUGUUGGCGGGAAGAUCACCGUUUGAUAUCGUAGGCAGUGCUGAUAAUCCGGAUCAAAAUACCGAGGAUUAUCUUUUUCAAGUUAUUUUGGAGAAACCUAUUCGAAUCCCACGAUCAUUAUCAGUGAAGGCUGCGUCGAUACUCAAAGGAUAUCUCAACAAGAACCCUAUUGAGAGACUAGGAUGUCACCCGCAGACUGGAUUUGCUGAUAUCACGUCCCAUGUGUUCUUCAGGACCGUCAACUGGGAACAGCUAGAAGCCCGUCAAGUAACUCCACCCUUUAAACCACGAAAGGAAGAUCCUUACGGUCUUGAGAACUUUGACCCUCAGUUUACUAAUGAAGACGUUCAAUUCACGCCAGAUGAUCCAAAAACGCUGGAGAACAUUGACCAAACAGAAUUUGAAGGCUUUGAAUACAUCAAUCCUCUCCUCAUGUCAGCAGAAGAUACUGUGUAGUUGAAGUAUUAGGAUCAUAACUACCUUUGCACAUAGUGUAGUACACACAUCAAGGCACGGGUUAGUAGCCAUAGCAACCCUUUUACUCUGGCCUAAUGUUUCUUCAUUUCACUUAAAUAUGUCAACAAGAACAUACAGUCUUGGCUUGAUGUAGGACUAUUCUGAACACACCUGAAAAACCCUUUUGCAAGAAUCAAUAGACUGUAUUGUAUUGUAUGGUUCCUCUUUAAUAGCUUGGUCAAUGUUUUCCCCAUUUCAGACCACAUGUCAUUUGAAAAUAAGAUUCUUUGUUUCAGUUGUGUCUACAGUUAUUUUGAAAAACGUUGGUGAAGUUUUGUUGCAUCUUGCUUACGAAGAUUGAAAUAUAUUAAAUAUAGUCAUAUGUAAAUAAUAAACUUAGCAUAAAAGGAAAUACUUCGGAAAAACGUGCAGACACAGUUUGGGAAAAUUUCUUGUAAUAUGCAACAUGUAACAAAACUUUCACCAACGUUUUCCAAAAUAGCUGUAUAUUCAUGAAUCAAUARAAUAUGGACUAAGUAGUUUAUAUUCUCUUGCAUGAAUCUGGUCAUGUGCAACCAUUAAACAAAGAAAUGCUACUGUAGGGAAUGACAAGUGAUCUGUAAUGGGGAAAAAUAUGCCCAAGGUAAAAAGGUCAAAUAAUAUAUUAUUCGAUCUUCUCAAUCCUUUCUCUUUAAAGAAACAUAACAAUUGAACGAAGACAUUUCCUAUGAAAUGGAAAAACAUUAACGYUAAGUCUAAUACAAAAUUAACUGGAAUCAAAUGAAUCAAAUCAGUAUUGAAAUAGCUUAAUCUUGUAGGGUAGUAUUUAUAUGUACAAAAUGAAAGCRGUCAAAUACUAGUAGAUGUAGCUGAUGUUCAGAGUCAGGUGGCCUUGGUAAGUCUUUAGUCAGACUCCUGUUAGCUGUGCUUACAGGUCUGAUGUUCAACAGCCUUUGCUACCUAUUUCUAUUCUGUAGGCUUGUGCCACAAGUUUUCUUAAUAUUUAAACCACAUUUACAUGAAGUUAGGGUGACCCUGGUUCUAGAGAGGUUUUUUUUUUCAUUUCCAAGAGACAACAACAAAAACAACUAAAAACUAACGUGUUAGCCCUACAAGUGGGGACACCUCACCUUCAUGCAAACAGGCCUUAGUAAGAAGAUACAUGAUUUUGAUGGUCCAAAUGGAGUUGACUGGCAUUAUAAAGUGUGACUAAUACUACUUCAUAUCAUCCUUGCUUAUAAUGAUUUGUCAAGGAUUGCAAGAAAUGCGUGUCUCAUUGCGGUAAUUUCAAACAUUUGGGUGUAACAUGACAACCAUUGACUUUACAGUAAGUCUAGUUGCMAUGCAUUCAUAUUACCAUCAUUCCUUUCCGUUAUUGCUUGGUAACAAUCAGCUGAAUGAAUCUCAUUUCUAGCCGUUGGUGAAGGGCAAACAAUUUCCUCCAUGCUCAAUCAUCCAUGAACAUUGGAAACUUGCCGUUCAAUGGAUAAGAAUUCCAUACAGACUGGAAAGAAUAAUAUUAAUGGCAACCUAUUUGCGAUAGUUGAAGUAGGCCAAGAUACAGGUAGGAUUAGGACUCACUACAUAGAUAGCAACUAGAACAAGCAUUCCUUUGAAUAACUGAAAAAAACGUUAAGCUGUUUGCAGGAUCAAACGCAAAACGUUCUUAUCUUUUUUAAAAGCUUCKGUGUAAAGCCCAUUUCGCUAUAAAAUUGAGAUUUUCAGUAAGUUACAAGAUGCUGAUGCUCUUUAACUGGAAUUAGCAAUUUYGAGGUCAAGAAAAAAAACAGGGUCAAGUUGCAUUGCAGGGCAUUGUAGUGCAUUGCAGUGCAUUGCGGGCCGUUUCAGAGGCAGGUUACCAAGAUGGCAUUUAUUUUGUCCCCAAACAGCCCCAAAAUGCACUGCAAUGCCAACUGGACCCAGUUUUUCUCUYGACCUUGGGAUUAUGACUGCUUAAGCCAUGCUAUAAUAGGCCACUUGCAAACCCUCUUGAUUGUGAUAAUGAUGUCCAUGAUCGGUAUUUACCAAAGGUGAGGCCAGAGGGAGGUAAAGCUUGUCUGAUCUCUAGUAUUUUGUAUCAUGGUUGUAGUCCACCUGCCUCUUACCUCAGGUUUGAUUACCGGCGUUUGCAUUGCUACRCGGCCACCCCAGACAAAAAUCGCGACGUGCACUUUGCAAUAGACUGCUGUCAAUGCAAAUGCCGGUAAACCCUGGGGAUUAAACUCAUCAAAUUUGUAUAGUUUGUUCUGCCUCUGGGGAGUCUGUCCUCAUUGUCAUGCAAUCUCAACAUAAUAGCACUCCACAAUCAAUAAUAUCUUUGCAAGGGGUCUAUGUUAGAUGUAUAAAUUUGAAAAAUUAACUUUUUUAUUAAAUAUUUUCCUUUGAUUCAAAGUAGUUUUUAUUGUCUAAGGAGAAGCAAUUUUCUGAAUACAAGUUAGAAUUAGGAAGGGAUAGAUAUUAUUAGUUAUUAUUAAUGAUCAUUCAUAGCUAUGCAAUUUAUUGUAGGCAUGAACAAAGAAUGUUUUAUAUAUUUCAAAUAAUAUUUACACUAAAUAGUUACUGAGUUGAAGAAUUGUUGGUAGCAUAGAUCGAAAAUCAAGUAUUUUAACCCUUUUUUGUCAAAUUGAAACAUUUAGUUAAUGAAAUACUAACAGUAUGCUUUACGAAUGGUGGUUUACCCUCUGAACUUUGAAUGUUAAAAAAUAUGUCAUACUAGCUAGAGGGAUGAAGGUUAAAUUAAUCAAAAUACCCCCUUCUCUCACCCCCUUGGGAGCCAAGCAGAGACUGGCUGGAAAAAAAGAAGCACAGUUCCUUGUUGUUCCUUAAAUUUGCCUUAUGCAAUGUUCUGCAUUUGAGACCACAUCAUUCCCUAGAGAAUGAGAUUCUUUGCUCGAGUUGUAUCCAUAUUCAUGUGUCUUSUCAUUGACAACCAUAAAACCUCAAAGAAAUGAUACUCUAGGGAAUGACAUGCUCUGUAAUGGAAAACAUUGCACCAAUACAAAUUACAUCUUAGAGUUAACUAGUGGCUAACAGGUUCCASCAGAGCUGCAGGAUUGAUUUUGUUGUGGCUCAGUGAUCAUUCAUCACUUAUAUGACUAACUUUGUUUGCUAUGAUUACCAGUUUGUACAUUUCUGUAAUUAUGAGUUCCAUUUUGCAAAGUAAACCAUGCUAUUUUUUACGUCA